AUGAUUGUGUCUGACCUGCUGGGUUCUUUCACCUGCUGCACCUCAGCUGACGACCGAAUGUCGUGGGUGGCACCGCCGGUGGUCUUGAAGCACGCUCGCGCGACGAACGUCGGCUCCCCUCGGUUCCGCUUGACUUCGGCACCGUCUGUGAGAGCCGUUGCGCGCCCUCAAGACGAUUUGAAACUAGCAGGAUGGUUCACCGCUUCGGGAAUGCUCCCUCAAGUUCACCUAGGGGACUCAGAGCUCCGAGCUCCAUCUCAGGCAAAAGCGGGACACCAUGUCGUGUUCGUUCUCAUUGUGAGGAGUAUGAGUUCCAUACCUCUAACGGAGCCCAAACGCCCCGGUUAUUACGCCAGGUCCAUUUGGUAUUUCUGUGGGCUUCCAUCAACCUCCAAUCGCUCCCGGAACGAUACAAUUCGGUACCGAUGGCCAUUUACGACAAGUAGCCCGUCGUCAGGACAUCGAUUCCGUUUUUCUGUUCGGUCUCGUUUCUCCUACAUUUAUCAGAUGGGAUUUAUGGCAAGUUUUUUAUUCAUGCUCUUAACGCUCGGGUCUGAGGUCUCGGCCGACCAUGUCGCGGCACCUAAACUCCCCAUAUUCUCUCUCAUGUCAAUGGUUCCGUUGCCGUUGCAUCUGAUUGCGACGAACCUUUCAUGUACGAACAGAACUGAAGCUCUUGAUUGCGUAGACGCAGCCAACGAGCCAAGCCACGACGGUGGAUUUUUCUCGGUGCUCUCACGCAGCAUGGUGGUACCUGUGGGUAGGGCAGCUCUCAUGCGAGUCUUGGACACGGCGUUGGCGUCCACAAACGCUAUGAGCUCCAUAUCGAUGCUCCUGGGCUUUGGUUGGAAGGGAGAAGAGCUUGGGACAGACCGUGUAGACGAUAGUGACGUUUAUGGGCAAAGCGACAUCUUGGGCGUCAAGCCCAAGUCGGCUCUAGCUCCUGUGGUACCGAUCGGGCGGUCCUCCGAUAUGUCUCAAGUAUGA